AUGAAGGCCGUCGCUGCUGCUGUUGCCCUCUUCGCUGGCGCUCUCGCCACUCCCCUCGCUGCCCGCCAGGGCACCGUUGGUGGCGUUGACAGCCUGACCACCAUCUGUGGUCAGGUCGAGAACCUGGUCGAUACCCUCACCAACACGGUGAGCGCCAUCACCACUCCGGCUCAGCUGACGCAGGCCCUGCCAGCUAUCGUGAGCGAUCUCACCAACCUGAACACUACACUUGCCCCCUUGGGAGCUAUCCUUGGUGUUCUGGCCCCUCCAGCUGUUCCAGUUGUUCCAUCUGUCACGGUUCCGGGGGUCCCAGCCGUUCCGACUGUUGGAACUGGCGGUACCGGUACUGGCACGGGGGGCAACAACGGUGGUCUUCUCUGCGGUCUUAGCCAUAUCCUCCGCCGCCAGACUGGUGCUCCUAUCACCGGCCUCGGCGACCUGGACGAUAUCACCAACGUCCUCACUCCUCUCGUUCAGAUUCUUAGCUCUGUCCUGAACGCUGUUACAUCUCUGGUUGGCAUCAACAGCCUGACUGGUACCCUGACCGGAGGCGAGAGUGACCAGCUGACUGGCCCCCUAAGCGGUAUUCUCGGUACUGUUGGUGGCCUUGUCCCCGUUGCCAGCAUCACCCAGCUCCUCAACCUCAAGGCAUAA